UCCUUCUAUCAUUCCCACAAGGCAGCAGGAGCAGAGAGCAGCCAUUGCUGUGUCUGGCAGCAGAUGUGUGAAGAAGACAUCUGGUGAGCAUGAGACACCCAGCAGCCAUGCUCAUGUGUCAGGAGGACUGAGCAGGUCCCAGAGCCCCAUCACGGUACCUCACUCACUGACACAUGAGAGACACAGUGACCAGAAGAUCCAGGAACUCACCAACAAGAUCAUUCCACUGCUGACUGGAGAGGAGGAGGAGUAUAUAGAGGAACACGGGUCUGUACAAGGAUGUGAUGAUGGAGAAUCACCGGCCCCUCACAUCACUGGAUGGACCCAGUGACAGAGAUACCCCAGAGAGAUGUCCCCGUCCUCUGUAUUCCCAGGACUGUACAGAGGAGAAUCACAGGAUCCCACAGGAGGAUCAGGUGCAACGUCUGUCUGAUAUUAAAACAGAAGAUAUAAAGGGAGAGGAAGAGACGUAUGUGACUGAUAUGAAGGCAGAAGAUACAGAGGGAGAAGAAGAGACGUAUGUGACUGAUAUAAAGGCAGAAGAUAUAGAGGGAGAAGAAGAGACGUAUGUGACUGAUAUAAAGGCAGAAGAUAUAGAGGGAGAAGAAGAGACGUAUGUGACUGAUAUAAAGGCAGAAGAUAUAGAGGGAGAAGAAGAGACGUAUGUGACUGAUAUAAAGGCAGAAGAUAUAGAGGGAGAAGAAGAGACGUAUGUGACUGAUAUGAAGGCAGAAGAUACAGAGGGAGAAGAAGAGACGUAUGUGACUGAUAUAAAGGCAGAAGAUAUAGAGGGAGAAGAAGAGACGUACGUGAGGGGUUAUCAGCAGUGUAAGGAGGAGGAGAUCCCUACAGAUAUCAGCACAGCAGAUGGACACACAAGCAGGAAUAUCUCAGAAGGACAUCUAAUGUUAUCCCCGGAUUGUGACAUAAAAGAAAAUGACAGUAGACAAGAAUCUCCAGGAGAUAACCCCAUUACCCCAAUUAAACAUCCAGGUCUAUCAGCUGAUCCCUCUGAUCCUGGGAAAUGUUCUUCUGAUCACUCUGAUAUUGGUGUAUCUGGUACAGUUCUGACAGUAGAUAUAGAGUUUCCCUGUUCUAUAGGUGCCAGAUGUUUUACACAGAACACAAAGCCUAUUUACCCACAGACAGGUAAGGCAAGUGAGAGGCCAUUUCUAUGUUCUGAGUGUGGGAAAUGUUUUGUAUACAAAUCAGAUCUUGUUGCACAUCAGAGAAGUCACACAGGUGAGAAGCCAUUUCCAUGUUCUGAGUGUGGGAAGUGUUUUGCACACAAAUCAGAUCUUAUUAAACAUCAGAGAUAUCACACAGGUGAAAAGCCAUUUCCAUGUUCUGAGUGUGGGAAAUGUUUUGCACACAAAUCAGAUCUUGUUAUACAUCAGCGAAGUCACACAGGUGAGGAGCCAUUUCCAUGUUCUGAGUGUGGGAAAUGUUUUGCACGCAAAUCAGAUCUUGUUAUACAUCAGCGAAGUCACACAGGUGAGAAGCCAUUUUCAUGUUCUGAGUGUGGGAAAUGUUUUGCACACAAAUCACAUCUUGUUAGACAUAACAGAAGUCACACAGGUGAGAAGCCAUUUUCUUGCUCUGAGUGUGGGAAAUGUUUUAUCCAGAAAUCACAUCUUGUUAUACAUCAAAGAAGUCACACAGGUGAGAAUCCAUUUCCAUGUUCUGAGUGUGGGAAAUGUUUUGCACAGAAAUCAGAUCUUAUUAAACAUAAGAGACGUCACACAGGUGAGAAGCCAUUUUCUUGCUAUGAGUGUGGGAAAUGUUUUACCUGGAAAUCACAACUUGUUACACAUCAGCAAAGUCACAGGUGAGAAACCAUUUCCAUGUUCUGAUUGUGGGAAAUGUUUUGCACACAAAUCAGAUCUUAUUAAGCAUGAGAGAAGUCACACAGGUGAGAGGCCAUUUUCUUGCUCAGAGUGUGGGAAAUGUUUUACAUGGAAAUUAGAUCUUGUUAUACAGUUGUGCUCAUAAGUUUACAUACCCUAGCAGAAUUUGUGAUUUUCUGGCCAUUUGUCAGCGAAUAUGAAUAGCUCACAAACUUUUCUUUCACUCAUGUGGUUGGGUAAAGCCAUUUAUUGUCAAACAACUGUGUUUACGCUUUUUAAAUCAUAAUGACAACAGAAACUACCCAAAUGACCCCGAUCAAAAGUUUAUCUACAUCUCUGACUUUAUCUCCCUUUACACUUCCACCCGUCCUCUUCGCUCUUCUAAUGCACGCCAACUCUCCUGCCUACGGAUUACUUCCUCCCACUCCUACCUCCAAGAUUUUUCACGUGCUGCACCAUUUCUCUGGGAUUCCCUACCUCUCCCCCUCACACUCUCCACCUCUCUACAAAACUUUAAACAGGCUCUCAAGAUCCACUUCACCAAACCCAGCCAAAUCUCAUCCUCACCCUAUGUUUCACGCUCUCUAUGUACCCCAUCUGUGUCACCCCUGUCUGUCUACCCCUCCCCUUUAGAAUGUAAGCUCGAAUGUAAGCUCUCACGAGCAGGGCCCUCUUCCCUCAUGUGCUUAUUCUUUCUUUAAGAAUCUUCAACUGCAUCAAAUCCAGUAGUCUGCUGAUGUAACUAUGUUUAUUUACCCUGUAUUUGUCCUAUACUGUCAUCAACUGUAAGUUGCUGUUUUCCUGUUUGAUUAUUUGUUUAUGUACUCUGUAAUUAGGUGCUGUGGAACCCUUGUGGCGCCAUAUAAAUAAAGGAUAAUAAUAAUAAUAAUAAUAAUAAUGUCACACAGGUGAGAAGCCAUUUUCUUGCUCAGAGUGUGGGAAAUGUUUUACAUGAAAAUUAGAUCUUUUUACACAUCAGAGAAGUCACACAUGUGAGAAACCAUUUCCAUGUUCUGAGUUUGGGAAAUGUUUUGCACACAAAUCAGAUCUUAUUAAACAUGAGAGGUCACACAGGUGAGAGGCCAUUUUCUUGUUCUGAGUGUGUAAAAUGUUUUACACAGAAAUCACAACUUAUUAUAUAUCAGCAAAGUCAUUUCCAUACUCUGAGAAAUAAAUCAGCACACUAGACAUCAUUUAGGUGGGAAACCAUUUUAAUCUUCUGGAGUAUCCUUAUUGCCAUGCAUUGUUCUUCAACGUUCUUCUAUCUCCUAUGCUUUUUGCAAUAUACAUGUUACUGCAGGGUGAAAUAAUCAGAUGUCAUGCCCUCAUCUACCACUGCUAUGCAGAUGACCUGUCUUUUGUUUCGGGUACUGAGAACCCAGUACCAAUCCUACAUGGUUGUCUAGCUGAGCUCCAGGUGUGGGUGAUGCCAUUUAGCUGUGACUCAGUCCUGGUGAAACAGGUCUAUAUGGUAGAAGCUCACCAACAAAGGGCAGGGCUACAGCUCAGCUUUGCAAACCAACCUGACUUGCGCUUGGUGGUUCAGAGAUACAGAAUGCAGAUCCUGUGCGGAAUAUUGGUGUCCUGGAUGGUAGAGUGACACUUAGACUCAGGUAUCAGCCACAAUCAGACCCUCAUCUGAGGAACAUAGCCAGACUCCAGUACUUAUUUCCCUCAGAAGAUCUACCUACAGUCAUACAUGCACUUGUAUCAUCACACAUAGACUACUGCAAUGUCCUCUACCUGGGUCUCCCACCAAAAGAAUUGCACCGGUUGUAGCUUGUACAGAAUGCAGCAGUCAGUCUGUUACCUAACCAGCCCGUUCCUGACAUAUAACACCCAUUCUCUGCUCCCUUCACCGGCUGCCUGUAAGAUGGUGACUCUAUUACAUAAUCUUACUGACUCUCCCAGCCUUACAUGACCAGGGUCACAGGUACCAGAAGCAGCUUCUGCCUCCUUACUGCCCAGCUUGCUUACUUCUACCUGCAGAUGAAGGACUGUUACCCGCAGUACCAAGAAUCCCCAAGCAGUUCUGAGGUGUCAGGGGAGGAUACAGGGUGGGUGGCAGUAGUGCUGUAGCGGGGGCUGCGGGAGGCACUGUCUGUGGGUAAUAUUGUCCCCAAGCAGUGCUGAGGUAAAACAGGGGGGACACAUGGUGGCGAGCAAGAG